UAUCCUCUGACAGGCAUAGCUUUGGGGGAAACUGCCCUCGUUAAUAGGUCACAGCAGCAACUGCCAGUGGGUUGAACGUUCUGUCUCGCAGACGCUCAGGAGUAAAGUACCAAACGGCCACAGAGGCUAGUUAGCAGUCAGGUGCUAAGUCGGCUAAGUCACCGCAGUUCAUCUCCUCCUUUAGGGCAAUGAUACAGUACAAGUCAUACAACUUAGUCUAAUGGUCGCAACGUAAACGUUGGCCAAAACGACGGGGCUAGUCACAGUCAAACGAAGGCGCGAGUCGUUGCUUUUAAUUAGCUAAGUGCGGCUAACGCGGAAGGCGUCUACCCAGAGUAAUCAAUGGUUAGCUUAAUGGACAGCAGCGCGCUGUGAGGAGGCACACAGGAUGUCUAAACGCGUGCGAAACGCCGAGGUCUGCGCCGACUGCAGCGUCCCAGAACCUCGCUGGGCCUCGGUGAAUAGGGGUGUGUUGAUUUGCGACGAGUGCUGUAGUGUUCAUCGAAGUCUGGGAAGACACAGCUCUCAAGUGCGCCACCUGACCCAUACACCAUGGCCCCCUACUCAGCUUCAGAUGGUUCAGACAUUAUACAGCAAUGGCGCAAAUUCUAUAUGGGAGCACUCCCUCCUGGACCCUGCAUCUGUGAUGAGCGGCAAACGCAAGGCCAAUCCUCAGGACAAACUGCACCCAAAUAAAUCGGAGUUUAUAAGAGCCAAGUAUCAAAUGUUGGCAUUUGUCCAUCGAAUGCCUUGUCGAGAGGAUGACAGUAUGACAGCCAAGGAUUUAAGCAAGCAACUUCACUCAAGUGUUCGCACUGGGAACCUUGAGACCUGUCUGAGGUUGCUAACUCUGGGAGCACAAGCAAAUUUUUUUCAUCCAGAGAAGGGAAACACUCCCUUACAUGUAGCUGCAAAGGCAGGACAAGUAUCUCAGGCUGAACUAUUAACUGUUUAUGGGGCCGAUCCCGGAGCCCCUGACAGCAAUGGCAAAACUCCCAUUGACUAUGCAAGGGAAGCCGGUCAUCACGACCUGGCAGACAGAUUAGUGGAGAUUCAGUAUGAACUAACUGAUCGACUGGCUUUUUACCUGUGUGGGAGAAAACCAGAUCAUAAGAAUGGCCAGCACUUUAUUGUUCCACAAAUGGCUGACAGCAGUACAGAUUUAUCAGAACUAGCCAAAGCAGCAAAGAAGAAACUGCAGUCUCUCAGUAACCACCUUUUUGAGGAACUGGCCAUGGAUGUGUAUGAUGAGGUGGACAGACGGGAGACUGACGCUGUGUGGUUGGCGACUCAGAACCACAGCACCCUGGUGACAGAGACAACCGUGGUGCCUUUCCUUCCUGUGAAUCCAGAAUAUUCAUCAACACGAAACCAGGGACGGCAGAAACUUGCACGAUUCAAUGCACACGAAUUUGCAACUCUUGUGAUCGACAUAUUAAGUGAUGCUAAACGCAGACAGCGAGGGAAUUCAGUUACCAGUCCCAAAGACAAUGUGGAACUUAUUUUGAAGAGUGUGGCUGUCAGACAUUGUAGUGACAGCCAGGACAAUGACCAGCCUGACUAUGACAGUGUAGCAUCCGAUGAGGAUACAGACCAAGAGCUUCCCUCCAGCAAAGGAGACAGGACCAAGAGUCUGGACUCUGACCUCUCAGAUGGCCCUAUUACUGUGCAAGAAUACAUGGAGGUGAAAAACGCACUCUCUGCCUCUGAAGCCAAGAUCCAGCAGCUCAUGAAAGCCAACAACAGCCUGAGUGAUGAGCUGCGGCUGAUGCAGAAAAAGCUGCACUCUCUGCAAAGCGAGAACACCUCUCUCAGGCGGCAGGUCUCAACCAAUAUCUAUCAGAUCCCCAGCGGUUCAGACUAUCCCGACCCCUCCAGCCCCUCGGCUCUGAAACGCCGGCAGUCUGCACGGGCCAGUCGGCCCAUGUCUAUGUAUGAGACCGGCUCGGGCCUGAAGCCCUAUCUCUCUAAAGGAGACAGUCCUUACCCAGAGGAAGGUAUCCCUACCCUGCAACCCUUCCCACCUCAUACGGAAAGGGGCACUUUUGUGACCACCUCUUCAUCCCUCCCCUCAUUUCCAUCCACCCUGUCUUGGUCGAAGGAUGAAAGUACUCAGAAGGCUUCGAAGUUGGAGAAGCAGAGCAGCAUGCCGGAAAGCGACUACGACAACACGUUCAAUGAAUCCGAGAUGGAUGAUUCAGGGUUGUGCAGAAGGGUGAGGCUGAGGAGCAGUGGCUGGCUGGGGGAGGGCAGCUCCAUCCCUGAGUUAGAUGAUCUGGAGGUAGAGCCCGACCCGACACUUCCCAGCACAGAGGACGUCAUCCGCAAGACCGAGCAGAUCACCAAGAACAUCCAAGAUCUGCUGCGAGCUGCUCAGGAGAACAAACACGACAGACCAUGCGAGCGUGAAGGCGUGCGUCGGCUCAGGCACAGUCUGGGAUGUUUCAGUACUCUGGUGCCCUGGGCUGAGAAGGCCUCCACUCCCAUUCAGCCGCUCAGCCUCCGGUCCCCCGAUCCCUCCUCCUGUUUCAUACCCUGCUCAGAAAGAAUACAUGUGGCUGUAACCGAAAUGGCUGCUCUGUUUCCCAAGAAGCCACGCUCAGAAACUGUGAGAGGCUCUCUGCGCUUACUGACCUCCAGUGCGUACAGGCUUCAGAGCGAGUGCAGGAAGGCGGUGCCCUCAGAAGGCUGCCCGGGACCGGACAUGCAGCUGGUCACUCAGCAGGUCAUCCAAUGUGCUUAUGACAUUGCCAAAGCCGCCAAGCAGCUCGUCACCAUCACCACAAAGGAGAAUACCAACUAACAGCACUUACAGGCCCGCGAAGCCACUAACAUCUCAGUCGUGUUAUGUUUUUUUUAAUGAUUUAGCUGUUUUUGUAUUUGUGGUAUAUGCAUGCAUUCUUUUGUAUUUAUGGUUACGUACUGAUAAUAUUUAAAGCCAGCGCAUAAAGACACACGUGUCAUCAAGAGAAAUAGUCAACAACUUUACUUGGAUACCCAGUUGGUAUAAUAGCACAAUAUAAUUUAAGAUGAAUAAAAACCUCCAGGAAUCUUAUCUGGACAACAUGCAGCAGCCAGCACAUUGUGUAAAUAAUGGUUUCUAGAUUACACAGUUGGAAUAAAAUGUCUUUACUCUGGAUUAUAAUCUGUAAUAAUCCAUAAAUACCUUUGACUGAAAGAAUUAAGCACAGUACAGUCAAACCCUAUGAUGUUUACGAUGUCAGGCCAAAGUCAGAUGUGGACAAUGAAAAGCCAUAAGUGAAUCAUUAAUCCACUGUCUUUAAUGCUGUUUGAACACUGUUGUAGCUAAAGGAGCUUCCUCUCAUUACUGCACUGUGCAAACAUCAUCAUACUGUAAAUCUUACUCCUCAAUAGCUAAAUGGACAUCAUCCCCAAAAAUGUUGGAAGUAUCAUUUAUGCACAUUUUGGAGCUCUGCAAUGCUGAUGUUUGUCGCAUCGAAAAAAGUUCGGCCCAUGUCCAAGUGUAACCCAGUCUGCAGCUAUGUGUCAAGUCAGUGGAUGUGAGUGAACCUCGUUCAGUGGCCAGGACAUGUUAAACAGGCUCCACCCUGCACUGCAUUCAGCAGUCUAUCACUGCAGCCUUGGUGAUGUUACAAGAUAUUUAGAGCUAUAGCCAUACUUACGUAUGUCCAGGUGUUUUGUGCUCUGUUCCGUUGCUGCUAGUUUUGUAGUUAACGUGCAACAAAUGGGAUUGAACUAUAGGUGUCUUGUGUAUUAUUGUGUAAUCCAAAGUUCACCUUCACCAAGUGUUUCCAGAGUUUGUCAUUUCGAGAUCUGAUCAAGACAAUGUCCCUCUCUGUACCUAACAAAAGCACAGAGAUGUAUGUGAUGCAGCAGGUGGGUUGCACUCUGGAAAAAGAAUUAUUUUCUAAAUAAACAUAAUUUAUAACUUU